GCUCGCCACAUGGAGCCGCUCCUGCAGCACCUGGAGCGUUUCUGUGAGGUUCUGGCCGUCUCCCGCACGACCCACGUCGACACCUGGGACCCCGCGACCUUGCGUCGGGCCUUGCAGUGGGCUCGCUACCUGCGCCAUGUCCACCGGCGCUUCGGCCGUCAUAGCCGCAUCCGCAAGGCUUUGGAGCAGCGACUACACAAGCAGUGGAGGCAGGAUGGCAGGCCUGGGCCGACUCCAGCCUCCGGACUGACAAACUUCGAGUCCCUGGGGCGCUGUGACAGUCUGCUAGCUCUGCGAUUACUGGAGAACCGAGCCCUCGGGGAUGCAGCCUGUCACCACCUGCUGCAGCUGCUCUUUCCUGGCCCCGGCGUCCAGGACACUGACGAGGAGACGCUCCAGGACAGCCUGGCCCUCCUCGCCCGCCGCCGGUCCGCUGUCCGCAUGCUGCACCUCAAUGGCUACCGGGAGAACCCGGUGGUUGAGGAGGACUCGCUGCUAAAGACGCAGGCGGAGCUGCUGCUGCAGCGUCUGCAGGAGGCCGGGGCACUGGAAGCUGAGGGCCCCUGCAGCUGUCUCAGCCGACUGUGGGAGCAUUUGCCUCAGAACAACUUCCUGAAGGUGAUCGCCACCGCUCUGCUGCUGCCGCCGCCGCCGCCGCCGCUGCCACCGCUGUCUACCUGCUCUCAAGAAGAGAAGUUGGAUCUGUGCAACGCCAAAACACCAGGAGAGGAGAGGCGGGAGCUGGUCCGUUGGCUGCUAGAAAAGUCAGACAUCAUGGUUGUCUUUUGUCGCAACCUCCCAGCCGGUCUUUUAGCUUCCGUGAUCGGCCGCCACCCAGAGCUCUUCCGGGUCUAUCUGGGGCUGCUAACAGACUGGGGUUGCCUUCUGCACUAUGACCUACAGAAAGGCAGUUGGGUUGGAGCAAAGCCCCAAGAUUUAGCCUGGGAGGAGUUGUACGACAGGUUUCAAAGCCUCUGCCAGGCCGCUUCACCCGUGAAAGAUGAGGUCCUAACUACCCUGAAGUCCUACAGGGCACGGGAUGGAGAUUUCCAAGUCCCAGGGCUUAGCAUCUGGACAGACUUGUUGGUAGCUCUUGAGAAUAGUGGUACUUGA